AUGGUUCCGAAAAAACAAUUUGAGAAAACAUCCCGCGUAUUCCCGUUAAUUUAUUUUAAACGUCAGUAUGGAUUUAUUUUAGCUACUGAUAGCAAUCUGCCAGCAAAUUGGUCAUGUCGUUGGGGCAGCGGUGAAAUACCAUUCGUGUUUAAUUUUUAUUCAUUAAGUUUGAAACGUCUUAUAAGUCUGGUCCAUAAAGGUCAUAGUUACAUAGAAGAAAGGUCCUGUUUAGUGUUUAAAGAGUCGAAUUCAAUGGAUUUAAAUCAAGACCAAAAUAACACUUACUUGUACUACAGCUACUCUGGAGUUCUUGAGAACUGUUGCUUGCCUUUCUUCACGAAGCCUGUGGGAAGACGGCUAGUGCUUAUAACCCCAUUAUGUUCGCUGCCAGCGGAGGUGGCGCAUGCGACACUUCACGGCCUCGGUCUUCGUCAUCCGAAGAACGAACCAUUCGCAGAGUACAGGACUAAAUCUGUCCUGUUUCCUCACCACUGCCCGGACUAUGUACGAAAGAUAAAAAUGUUUAAUUCUAAAGUAUAGACUAGUAAGAAAUUUUUAUAAAAAAAAUAUUCGCAGUUUUUAUAUGCGCGUGUUUUAAAACGUAAUUUUAUUUCUGCAUCUGUCAAUACUUAUAUAUUUAAUGGCCAGUUUCCUUAAUUAUAGUUAUCUUGGCCUAUAUUGCGGGGCUGGCGUUGUGAUAUCCAAUGCCUUUUUAAUCAACAAAAAAAACGGAGGAGGUUCUCAUUUUGACACGUAUAUUUUAUUAUGUUAGACCGCGCAUAAUAUUUUAGCUGAAAUUAGCUUAAAUUUACGCUGAAACUAGGUAUUGGGCUUCGAUCAGACGGAGCGAGUUUUCGGGCGAGAAUAGAACGCGUUUAUUGUUAGCAAUAAUU